AGGAAGAAGUAGACGACGGAGUCUGAAGAAGCAUUGGGACCAAAGAGUCUUGUUCUAUCGUACUACAUCGCUAGUUCUACAGAAGUAUGCAAGUGGAAGAGGAAUUCGUUUGGCCCUUCAUCAGGCGCAAGCACACCGACAACGCCCUCGUCAUAUUUGGGAUUUUCUCUCCCCUUCUGUUGCUCCCAAUCGUUCUCAUCGGGACAAAUGAAGCCAAAUGCAUCUACUGUGUGUGUACCGCCAGCUUCCUUCUGCUAACCGAAGCCGUACCUGCCCAGAUAGUCGCAUUUGUCCCCUUUAUUGUCUUCAUCAACAGGGACUUCACGCAGUUCUACAAUUUUCGGACCAUACUGAACGAGCUUCUGCACCAAGUCAGCAUAAUGGUCAUGAUACUGAGCAUGGAAUCCACGAGCGUGUUGCAACGUACGUCCCUCUGGCUACUGGCGUUCUUAGGGACGCGAGCGCGGAACCUGUUGUGCGGCUGCCUCGUGGGUUCCAUCUUUUGUUCUUUCUUCAUGGGUGACACGGCUGCUGUGCUGCUCAUGGCGGGUCUCACGAAGCAUGUAGUCAAGACACUACAGGCUGACGUCAUUAAGGCUUUCCACCAGCGUACUCUCUACGACAAGGCAACAGCUGGUCUCUCUCAACUUCGGCAGAGGCUGCUCACGGUGAGCGCAGAGUUCGUGCCGUUGACACGCUCUAAAAUGAAACUUGCGUUAUCCACUGGAAACACCAUAAAGUCUUCAACGAUAAGUGUGUCUUUCACUCCAGGACUUACAAAUCGGUCUUGCGAUCCAGGACUUACAAAUCAGUGCAGCACGGCGGGGAUAGGGACAAACUUUUUUUAUGAGUCCAUGAGGAACAGGAGGUCUAAGCAUUGUCCCCAGCCUUUUGGCGGUAGUGAUAAACCCACCACAGUAGAGCGAGCUCGAAGAAAAAAAAAACGGAUAUACAAAGAAGAAAGGCGGCGUCGCGAGAGAAGAAUAAGUUGAGCGUGAAUGUAAUAAAAAAUUGUAAUUAAACGCGUUGUGCAUCUCGAUCGCGGCGCCACUCUCCGCAUAUGGCGCAGCGCGGCACACUCUGGCACUGACGUCGUGGCCUCAUUAACGACAUGGCCGUCACUCGUUGCACCACUCGCGUAUUGCGUUUGACGCCGUGCGUUCUGCAAGUGAUUUCGUCGCUCUUUCGUUAUCUUGGCAGGACCGCGUUGAUUGGUGCAUAACCGCAACAGGUAUUGUCUUGGCACCUCAAACGUGUGUACGAUCCUCGUUUGAGAUAAGUACACUUUAGAGAAGAUAUUUCGGUGAAUUACGUUGUGUAGUGUGAUGGAGGUUUUUGAGAACACCGUUCCAUUGACCGAAGGUUUUGGUCUUGGUGGCACGCGUAUUAGGCGGACCGGCAGCCCGUUUAGUUAAAUACUUGGCAUUAGUCUAGUUAACUAACCUUAUCGAGUCAAUUAGA